CAUUUUGCUGGCUCACGGUCACAGUCGAGGCGGCGCUGCUUUUCAUAGCUCUCUCCAGAUACGCAGGGCCGAGAAAACGGAAGUUUUGGGCGAGGAUCUUCUGCAGGUGGAGAAGCGGCUGGAGCUGGUGAAGCAGGUCUCGCACGGCGCGCACAAGAAGCUGACGGCGUGUCUGCAGGGGCAGCAGGGCGCCGACGCCGACAAGCGCUCGAAGAAGCUGCCUUUGACGACGCUGGCGCAGUGCCUGACGGAGGGAGCCGCCGUGCUGGGGGACGAGUCCCUGCUGGGGAAGAUGCUCAAGCUGUGCGGGGAGGCGGAGGACAAGCUGGCCCAGGAGCUCAUCCACUUGGAGCUGCAGGUGGAGCGGGACGUCAUCGAGCCGCUCUUCGCGCUCGCCGAGGUGGAGAUCCCGAAUAUCCAGAAACAGCGGAAGCACUUGGCGAAGCUGGUGCUGGACAUGGACUCCUCGAGGACAAGGUGGCAGCAAUCCGCCAAGUCGUCGGGUUCCUCGAGCAACCUGCAGCCGGCCAAAGCCGACGCGCUCAGGGAGGAGAUGGAGGAGGCGGCGAACCGAGUGGAGAUUUGCAGGGACCAGCUCUCCGCCGACAUGUACGGUUUUGUGGCCAAAGAAAUAGACUAUGCAAACUACUUCCAAACGUUAAUCGAAGUGCAAGCCGAGUACCAUAGGAAGUCACUGGCGCUUCUGCAGAACGUGCUGCCGCAGAUCAAAGCCCAGCAGGAGGCUUGGAUCGAGAAACCCUCCUUCGGGAAGCCCCUGGAGGAGCACCUGGCCGUCAGCGGGCGGGAGAUCGCCUUCCCCGUCGAGGCGUGCGUCACCAUGCUGCUCGAGUGCGGCAUGCAGGAGGAGGGUCUCUUCCGCGUGGCUCCCUCCGCCUCGAAGCUGAAGAAGCUCAAGGCCGCCCUGGACUGCUGCAUCGUGGAUGUGCAGGAGUACUCGGCCGACCCGCACGCCGUUGCAGGAGCCUUGAAGUCCUACCUGCGGGAGCUGCCGGAGCCGCUCAUGACAUUCGAGCUCUACGACGAGUGGAUCCAGGCCUCCAACAUGCCGGAGCAGGAGAGGCUGCUGCAGGCCCUCUGGAGCGCCUGCGAGAAGCUGCCCAAGGCCAACUACAACAACCUCAGAUACCUGAUCAAAUUCCUCGCGCGGCUCACGGAGCACCAGGACGCCAACAAGAUGACGCCGAGCAACGUGGCCAUCGUGCUGGGUCCCAACCUGCUCUGGCCGCAGGCGGAUGGGAACAUCACGGAGAUGAUGACGACGGUGUCCCUGCAGAUCGUGGGCAUCCUGGAGCCCCUCAUCCAGCACGCCGACUGGUUCUUCCCGGGAGCAGACGUGGAGUUCAACGUGAGCGGCGGCUUCGGCAGCCCCGCGCACGCCAACCACAACGCCAACUACGGCCCGGCGCCCGCCCCGGACGCCGAGCACGCCGACCGCAGGCAGCACGACCCGGCGCGGCGGCCCCUCAGCGUGGCCACGGACAACAUGAUGCUGGAGUUUUACAAGAAGGACGGCCUCAGGAAAAUCCAGAGCAUGGGCGUCCGGGUGAUGGACACGUCGUGGGUGGCCCGCCGAGGCGCCCCGGCGCCCCGCAAGGCGCCCGCCGCCCCGCCGCCCGCCGAGCUCGCCGCCGGCCCCCCGGCGCCCGCUCCCGAGCCGCCGCUGCCGAGCUCCCCCGCUGCCGGCCCUCCUCCUCCUGCUCCGAGCAGCUUCGGCUUCCCGCCGGCAGCCGAGCGGGCCGGCACUUUAAAAACCAAGGAGCUCUCGCCCGGGCAGCAGAAGGGCAGCCUGGCCCCGGCCGCGGAGCAGAGCCCGCAGGCGCCGCGCAAAGCGUCCAGGAAGCCGGUGCCCCGGACGCCCCUCGGCCAGCCGGGCGGGACGCCGGAGCCGUCGGCGGGCUCGCCAUCGCCCGCCAGCCCGUCCCCCACCCCUCCGAGCACCCCUUCGCCCUACGGACUCGCUUGCCCCCAAGGCUACUGCCUGGCCUCAGGUCAGCUGUCCCCAGCCGCCGCACCUCCCCUGCCUCCUCCUCCUCCUCCUCCUCCUCCCCCGCUGAGCACCUUAACCAAAUCUCGACCCACCCCCAAGCCGCGGCAGAGGCCCACGCUGCCACCGCCACAGCCUCCCACGGCCGCCUCGUCCGCCUCUAGCCCUCGGCCCGCGGAGCUCGGCCCGCUCGACGGCGCGGCCCCCGGGGACAGCGGGUGCACAGGUCGGCUCCGGUGCGAUGUCCCUUCCGUGCACAUAGAGACGGACGCCGCGCUGUGCCGGGAGCCACUGCCGAGGCUUUCGGGAGCGGGGAACAUCGAUGCGCGGGAGGAGGAGGAGGAGGAAUCGGAAAGCACGGCCCUAUGACGCACGCGGCGGCGGCGGCGGCAGCAGGCCCUGCUCGGGGGCCAUCGUCACGGUUCCCUUUGGUUUCGCCUUAUCCAGACUCGGCCUUUCGGACUCGGUGCCUCGCUCCCCGCCGUUCCCGGGUGGCCGGCGCCGCGCGCCCCAAGCUCCCUCUCGCGCCGGGCCGAGGGACCGGAGCGUUUCCGCGGGUCGGGGCAGCGGGGGCCUUCGCUGCCCACCUUCCUCCUCCGGCUUCGGGAAUCCGGCAGUUCCCGGGCCACCUGCUCGAACGGGCGCUGCAGGAUGGCGCCGCCGAGCCCUGCCGGGGCCGCGGGAAAGCAAAGCAGCGCCCUUCGCCGGGGCCUUGCUUCGGGCUUGCUUUUUUCUUUUCUUUUUCUUUUUCGCUUCUCCUUCCCCUUCCUACCUCUCCGCUUGGGCGCUCGCUGGUUUUGCCUAGCAGGGAGGUGACUGCGGGUCCGGGGCGCCGGAGGGGCCGGGGUCUGAUAGCAAUAACGUGUGGGCGGGCGGGCGGCUGGGACGGGGGGGCGGCCGAGCCGGGGCGCCCGCCGGUGAGGACGCCCGCUCCCGGCACCCCUCCGGCGCCCACCCUUCGGUCCCUGUCUUUGUGGCGGGGUGGCGUGGAGAGAGGCUCUGGUUGUGCAUGCAGAGACAAAGUCACCUUUUAUCCUUUUCAAAAAGAGAUGAGAGAUAUAUAUAUAUCUGUCAGCAUAGAUAUAUAUAUAUUAUAUAUUUGUAUAUAUAAAAAUAUAUAUAUAUAUAUAUAUAUUUGUUUUAUUUGAGCCAUUCCAUCAGAUCUGGUGUACAAAUGUACAAUGUAAAUCGAAAUGCUUAGCGUUCCCGGCCCUCCCGGACCCCACGUCCAGCCUAUGUGUUACAGAGCCGAAACCUCUCUCCCCGCGGUCCGCGCGAGUUGUUAGGACGUUAGAGCUUCUGCAGGUCAUGAUGUGACUCAUCACCCCACCUGUAUCCGGGGAGGACGGGCAAGGGGGAGGGCACCAUCACCUGAAAUAAUAAAUGUGCAAAUUGCUGUCGAAA